AUGAAGCGGCACACGCGCUGCAGCCAAUGCGGCGCCGCCCUCAUCGUCUCGCUCGCGGAGCUGCGCGCCCACCAGGCGUCCGAGGCUUGCCGCGAGGCGGCUGCCGCGAGGGCGGCCGACGAAGGAGGGGCGGCCGACGAAGGGGCGGCCGAUAGGGAGGCCGAGGGGGCUGCCGACGCAUCUGGGCCCGGCCAGCUCCCAGAGGAGGCGGAGGGCGCGAAUGCGCGGACUCGCUACGCUUGCGACCUCUGCGAGAAGGAGUUCCUCUUCACGGCGACCGAAAUCCUCAGACAUGUCGCUCGGCAUCGGCAGGAGGCGGACGCAGAGCCGGAUGUCGGUUAG